AUGGACAACCCUCCUGUGGAAGCUUUUGCCAGCACAUUUGUAUAUUGCUGGCCUCAGUCUGAUGCGAGUUGGAGUUUAGGGUUGGAUUCAGACGUCGCUCAUAAUCUUAGGUGGGGAAUAGUCGCUACAUGCACCGGAACUGUCAAGAAUAUGGCAGGAAUAUGUGCGUGCCGUGCCGCUUUAGGCAUUCUCGAGGCUGCUUUCGAUGCAGGAGCACCAUACUUUCUCUCAUUGUUUUACCAGCGAAAAGAACUCGACCUUCGUGUUGCAAUCUUGAUUGGCAUGUCACCGUUGGCCAAUUGCUUCGCUUCAUCUCUGGCCUACGGAAUAUCGCAAAUUCACUCUUCGAGGGGGCGCCGCCAAUUAUUCUCGCGCCAUUCGUCUAUUUCUUCCUUCCCGACUCACCACAACAAGCCAAGUUUUAAUGAAGAGGAAAAGGAGGCAUCUGUUACUCGCUUGGGCACAAGGGAUACGACAAAGAAAGAGAAACUUAAUUGGAAUCAAGUUGCGGCUGGCUUGGGUGAUUACCAACUUUACGUUCAUGCCAUGAUUCAUUUUUUCUGCAAUUACUCAUUCGCCAGCCUCGCUAAUUUUCUUCCUACCAUUGUCCAGAACCUUGGAUACUCCAGCAUCCAAGCCCAAGGACUGACGGCUCCGCCAUACGCCGCCUCAUUUCUGGUGUGUCUUGCCGCGGCUUUCUUCUCCGACAAAUUCGGGCACAGGGGCUACGUUAUUGCCGGUUUAUCUACCGUCGCUGGAGUAGGAUAUCUAUCACUCGCUAUGAUAGAGGAUCAAGCAAAGAACAACAUCCGAUAUCUUGGGGUCUGGCUUGCAGUCAUAGGAGUGUUCCCCUGCCUGGCACUCAACCAUACCUGGGUACUCAACAACCAAGGAGGUGAAACAAAACGAGGUGUGGGCUUGGCCGUUAUUGCCAUCCUUGGUCAGUGCAGCUCCUUUGUGAGCAGCAUUUUAUAUCCGAAAUCAGACGCCCCUUACUUUGUCAAAGGUUGUGCAACAGGCUGUGCCUUGACGUUUAUGAUUACCAUCCUGUCUCUCGGUUUACACUUUAAACUCGCCCAUGAGAAUCGUAAGCGAGAUAGAGAUUUUGGCCCUGUGGAGGGCUAUGGACAGCUCGAUGUGACAACACUGGGAGAUAAGCAUCCUCAAUUUAGGUACUUCACUUAA